AACAACAUAACACGUUGUAGCUUUCGGUGGCAUCGUCUGCUAAAGUCGACAGAGGGAACUGAACAUCGAAGAGACGCAUCUUGUAUUAUCUUCGCCAAGUGUUUUAAUUAGUGUUAACAGUUUCAUUUCAUCUAAGUGUUGAAAAUGGUCAUAGCACGUGUGAGGAAUUUUUGUCUGAUUUGGACAUUGCUUCUGAAUUUGCAACUGAUUGUGCCGGUAUUCACAGAAGAACCGGUACAACCACCAUCCGUAGAAGAAGCGACGAAAGACAAUUUUGUAACGUUUGCCAGAAACAACCCGUACUUGCUGGUUCUAUUUUAUGAGCCUGGGUGCGUGACUUGUGAGGAGGCCAAACUGACGAUGAGCCAGCUAGAGACCCCUGAGUUAUUCCCGGGAGAGCUGAAGAAGAUCCAGAUAUCGGACGUGGCCCUUGCUGCGACGUACGGAGCCUUCACCAGUCCCGGCUUUGUGCUGUUCCGGCACGGCACAGGGAGUCCGGUCGUCUAUGACGGUGUGACUGUGGACACAGAGAACAUAGGUGCCUGGCUGGAUGUAGCAUCAGACAUAGCAACAAAGUCUCUGACUGACGACUCCUUUGAGCAUCUCACCCAGGCAGCCACUGGAGCCACAACCGGGGACUGGCUGGUUGCAUAUUACAAAGACUCCUGCUCAAAAAUCCUGUUCGCCAUGGAAAGUUUUGGAGUCAGGAUGAAGAGGAAAAUGAAUAUAGCCAAGGUUGCCAUGGAAACCAAUCCCCGCUUGGUGAAGAGGAUGAAGGUUACGAAAUGUCCCAGUGUCAUAUUUUAUAAACAAGGAAAAAUGUACCGCUAUGAAGUAGAAAAAUAUGACACCAAAUCUUUGACUUCUUUCGUGGAAGGAUGGUACAAAAAUAUGAAGGCGGAGUCAGUCCCAGUGGACCCCUCAAGCUUUGAUGAACUUACAGAAAAUAUUGCUAAGGCUUUGAAAGAUCAAAUUGAAGGCCCCAAUCGCUUCACUUUCCUGACAAUUGCCGGAGGAGUAGUCUCCCUUGUUCUAGUGAUCCUCGCCUGUGCCUGUGUCAUGAGUCGUAGAGCCGCAGAGAGAAAGAAGAAGUUGUUCUAGAUGCUGCCAUGUGCUCAGUGUUCAGCAGAGUCUACUCUGUAUCUUAUGUAUGGGAGAUCACAGGGUGGAUAUAUACUCAGCGUCAUUAUUGAAGGGUCACUAGGUUAUAGGUGGGUAGAUAUACGACAUGAACAUCAAGCGGCACUAGGUCUGGGUAUGUGGACAAUGGGAUUGACAGUUGAAGAACAUGUUGUUUAUGCCUCCGUGAAGAUCCAGGGUAGAAUAGGUCUUCAGUAACCCAUGCCUGCUGUAAAAAGUAACUAUGCUUGUCGUAAAAGGAGACUAACAGGACUGGGUGGUCAGGCUUGCU